AUGGAGAGUAGUGUUCAAGACCCAGAGCACAAUGAUGAGAUCACCAAUCGCGAAGAUGAACAGAGGGAUUACCUUAAGGGUACUCCAAUGGGAGAAGAUAACUCCAAAACCCAGGCAGUCAUCUCGGAGCUUGACAAUAGAAAGAGAGGCCUGAAACAGCGACAUAUUCAAAUGAUAGCUUUGGCCGGUACAAUUGGCACUGGCCUCUUUCUCGCAACGGGAAAGUCGCUAGCAAGGGGUGGCCCACUCAGCAUGUUGAUAGCAUAUGCCCUUGUGGGAAUGCUCAUCUGCUGUGUGGUUUUCUCUGUGGCUGAGUUGAGUGCAUUGGCACCUCUUUCAGGUGGAAUCAUACGACAUGCCGAAUGGUUCGUCGAUCCUGCGCUCUCGUUUGCUCAGGGCUGGAACAGUGUCUAUGCAAAUGCAAUAUUAUUGCCGGCAGAGAUGGUCGCUUGUGCUGUGAUCAUAGACUUCUGGUCUGACAUUAACCACGCCGUUUGGAUCAGUGUUCUGGGAGGACUUCUGGUUCUGACCAAUAUGCUCUUGGUCAGUAUUUAUGGCGAACUGGAGUUCAUAUUUGCGAUGAUGAAGAUUGCGCUGAUCAUUGGCGUGAAUAUCAUGAGUAUCUGCAUAACCUCUGGCGCUGGCCCACAGGGCUAUACCAUGGGAUUCCGGUUUUGGCACAAUCCUGGACCAUUUGUCCAAUUUCUCGGCAUACCGGGCUCAUGGGGACAGUUCCUAGGAUUCUGGCGAGUUCUGAGCAGCGCCGCUUAUGCGUUUUCCAACGUGGAGAAUAUCUCAGUUGCCGCAGCUGAGACGCAGAACCCCCGCUACAACAUCCCCAAAGCUGCCCAAAGAGUUUUCUGGAGGAUCUUGAUCUUCUAUAUGAUCACUAUCUUCAUGAUGGGCUUGAUAGUUGCAUCUAACGACAAAGGACUGUUAUCUGACUCUGGGGAUGCCGGGGCGUCCCCUUUCGCGAUUGCGGCCACCAAUGUCGGUAUCAAGGUGGUUCCUUCAAUCAUCAAUGCCGUUGUUGUGACAAGUGCAUGGAGCGCUGGAAACUCUGCAAUGCUUGUGGGAACUAGGACACUGUACGGUCUCGCUCAAGAGGGCCAUGCCCCAAAAGUUCUGACUCGUCUUAACCGCUUUGGAGUCCCUUGGCUAUCAGUCGCUGCUGUGGGAUCUUUCCUGGCUUUAGGAUAUAUGACACUUUCGUCCGCAGCUUCUGUCGUGUUUGAUUGGCUUCAAGAACUGGUCUCUGCCGCUUCACUGGUGCACUGGAUCAACAUCGAGAUCAUUUAUCUCCGAUUCUAUUACGGCUGCAAGAAGCAAAACAUCGACCGCGCGGAGCUUCCUUGGAAGAGCCCAUUCCAGCCAUAUGCAGCAUGGAUAGCUCUGGUUGGGUUCGUCAUCAUCUUGAUUACCGGUGGUUUCUACGUUUUCAUUGAUGGAAACUGGAGUCCGGAGACCUUUGUGUCAUCCUAUUUCAACAUUCCCUUAAUCUUCAUUCUAUAUUUCGGCUACAAGUUUUGGCAAAAGACUCGGCUUGUUCCGUUGGAUGAGAUUCCAAUUCGCGGAUUCCUUCAGCUUGCAAAUGAAAGUCCUGAGACUAUUCCACCCCAAGCCACUGGCUGGAGGAGAAUCAACAUUCUUUGGGGCUGA